AUGUUUUUAACGUUCUAUUUUUUUUUUUUUGUACAAGUUUCUUUGUGUUCUUUUGUUAAUAAUUUUAUAAAAAAAUAUUUAAGGAAUAAACUAUCUAAAAAUGUAUUUGAUGAUCAAAUUUUUUUUAUAUAUCAAUAAAGAAAUAUAGUCAAAAUAUAUUAUACGAAUAAUAUACACAAUUCUUUCAAACGACACUUAAAAAGAAACGGGGGAUUGCAAUCUUAUUAUUUAUACACUUUCCCAACCCAGCAAUUCAUACCAUACACUCAAAUCAAGCUGAUUCAUGCAAGAUGAGUUUAGUAGCUGAAACCAAGAAGCCACAUGCUCUUCUGAUCCCAUUUCCAACACAAGGUCACAUAAAUCCAUUUCUCAAACUAGCAAAGAUCCUUCACAACAAAGGCUUCUACAUAACAUUUGUCAACACUGAAUUCAACCACAAACGUUUGCUUAAGUCCAUAGGUCCUAAUAUUGUCAAUGGUUUGUCAGAUUUCAACUUUGAGACUAUACCAGAUGGUCUCCCUACCACAAACAUGGAUGCAACUCAAAACAUUCCUGAUCUUUGUGAUUCUACAAGAAACCACUGUUUGGCACCUUUUUGUGAUCUCAUAUCAAAACUCAAUGAUCCUCCAGUUACUUGCAUAAUCUCAGAUGGUGUUAUGUCCUUCACAAUUAAAGCUUCUCAGCAAUUUGGGUUGCCUAAUAUUCUCUUUUGGGCUCAUAGUGCUUGUGUUUUCAUGGUUUACAAAGAAUGCAAGAAUCUCAUGGAAAGGGUCCUGGCACCACUUAAAGAUGCCAGUUAUCUCACAAAUGAACAUUUAGACACCAUCAUAGACUGGAUCCCUGGCAUGAAGAACAUUACUUUAAGAGACCUUCCAGGCAUAUUUCACACAACAGAUCCAAAUGAUUUACUAUUGAACUUUGUGGCAGAACAAGUUGAAGUAGCUUCAAAAGCUUCUGCUAUUAUUCUACCAACUUUUGAUGCCUUGGAAUCUGAUGUGUUAAAUGAACUCUCCACAAUGUUUCCUAAACUCUACACAAUAGGUCCACUUGAGUUGUUCCAUGACCAAAUUUCAGAAAAUAAUGGAUUUGAAUCUAUAAAAUGUAAUUUAUGGAAAGAAGAAAGUGAGUGUCUCAAAUGGCUUGAUUCACAGGAACCAAAUUCUGUUCUCUAUGUGAAUUUUGGUAGUGUUAUAAACAUGAGGCAUAAUCAACUUGUUGAAUUGGCUUGGGGAUUAGCAAAUAGCAAGAAAAAAUUCUUGUGGGUGAUUAGGCCUGAUAUAGUUAAGGAUGGAAGUGAAACAUCACUUGUGCCACAAGAAAUUGUAGAAGAAACCAAAGAUAGAGGACUAAUGGUAGGUUGGUGUCCACAAGAGAAAGUUCUAAAGCACAAAGCAGUUGGAGGAUUUUUGAGUCAUUGUGGUUGGAAUUCAACAAUUGAAAGUAUAAGCAAUGGUGUGCCUUUGAUUUGUUGUCCAUUUUUCAAUGACCAAAUUCUCAAUUGCAAGUAUAUUUGUAGUGAAUGGAAAUUUGGAAUGGUGAUGGAUAGUGAUAAUGUAACAAGAGAUGAAGUGGAGAAGCUUGUGGUAGAGUUGAUAGAAGGUGAAAAGGGUAAGGGGAUAAGGAGAAAAGCAAUUGAGUGGAAGAAAAUGGCAAUAGAAGCAACCAAUGUUGAUGGUUCAUCUUCUUUGAAUUUGGAAAAAUUGGUAACUGAAUUGCUGCUAUUCAAGAGUUAAGACUACAAGAAACAUUACUGAUUCAAGAUAUUGUUGUAAUGAAAGUCUUCUGAUGAUGAUUUGAUGUAUUUCUAAAUUGUGUUAAUGUGUGAUUUAAUAACAUCUUUCUCAUGAUGGUCAUUUGUUUGAAUGCCUUAUUGCAUAAUUUGUAUGACUAAUUUUUUUAUGAAGCACGAAUAUAGAUACCGAACACGAGAAGAUAAAUUUAUCACGAAUUUCAAGUGUGAUUCAAUCUAUAGAACUAUUUAACCAGAGGAAAAAAAAUUGAUC